AUGGGGUAUUGUGGCUUGUUUCUGCUGUCAUGUCUUGUAUGGAGUUUUCUCAUUAUUGGCACUCAUCAAUUACAAUCCUCACAAACACAAGUGCUUCGUCAGCUAAGGAAGCAUUUAGAGUACCCAAGUCAACUAGAAAUUUGGAAUAAUCAUGGAAUGGAUUUAUGCUAUUUAUCUCCAUCCGCGCAAGUAAAUAUGACAUGCCAGGACAAUGUUGUUACUGAGCUUAGAAUUGUGGGAGACAAGCCAGCCAAGGCCAAUAACUUUGUGGCAUUUUCAAUUCCAAAUCAAACUUUAUCAGGGAGCUUCUCUAUGGAUUCUUUUGUGACCACUCUUGCAAGACUAACCAGCUUGAGAGUUCUUAGUCUUGUGUCUGUGGGCAUUUGGGGCCCCCUUCCAGGCAAAAUUCACAGGUUGUCUUCACUUGAAUAUUUGGAUUUGAGUUCAAAUGGUCUCUUUGGUUCCAUUCCUCCUAAGAUUUCUACAAUGGUGAAACUUCAAACUCUUAACCUGGAUGACAAUUUCUUCAAUGGCACAGUCCCGAAUUCGUUCGAAUCAUUGUCUAAUCUGACAAUUCUAAGCCUAAGGAACAACCAGUUGAAAGGUCCAUUUCCAUCUUCUAUUCAGAGAAUAACCACUCUUACUGAUCUUAUUUUGUCUGGCAAUGAUAUAUCCGGGAAGUUACCGAAUCUCGACAGGUUAAGUAAGCUGAAUGUGCUAGAUUUGAGUGGAAACAGUUUAGAUUCUGAUCUACCUUCAAUGCCUAAAGGGUUGAUCAUGGUUUUCGUGAGCAACAACUCCUUGUCAGGUGAGAUUCCAAGGCAAUAUAGCCAGCUAAGUCAGCUUCAGCAUUUUGAUAUGUCAUUCAAUGAACUAAGUGGGAAAAUUCCUGCUUCCCUACUCUCAUUACCCAACAUCAGCUACUUGAAUUUGGCAUCAAAUAUGUUGAGUGGUUCGCUUCCAGACCAUCUAAACUGUGGAAGCAAACUUCAGUUUGUCGAUGUAUCUAAUAACAGGUUAACUGGUGGAUUGCCUUAUUGUUUGAGUACUGAAUCAGGAAAUAGAGUGGUAAAGUUUGGUGGAAAUUGCUUAUCUGUUGAUUUACAUAAUCAGCAUGCAGAAUCAUCUUGUAUAGAUGUUCCUGUAAAAAGGAGACAGUCUGGAGCCAAAAAUAUUAUAAUAUUAGUUGGUUUGAUUGCUGGUAUACUUGUCGUUAUAGCUCUUCUGGCUUUUUGCCUUCUCAUGGUGUGCAAGAGGUAUUGCUCACAAGGGAUAUCGGAGCAGCAUUUGUUGCACAAAGCAGCACAAGAGAAAUCAGCGGCAGGAUUCUCCUCUGAGAUCCUCUCUAAUGCAAGGUUUAUUUCAGAAGCUGCGAAAUUGGGUAUACAAGGUCUCCCACCAUGCCGGUCAUUUACAAUAGCAGAGUUAAAGGAAGCAACAAACAACUUUAAUAACUCUGCCAUUUUGGGCGAUGGUUCUUACGGGAAGCUUUACAAAGGAACAUUAGAGAAUGGAACCCAGGUUGCUAUAAGGUGCGUACCUUCAUCAAAGAAAUUUUCGAUGCGAAAUCUUAAACUCAGGCUGGAUUUGCUUGCAAAGCUUCGCCACCCACAUCUGGUUUGCCUUUUGGGGCACUGCAUUGAUGGUGGGGGACGAGAUGAUUACAGAGUGAACAAAGUUUUCCUUGUAUAUGAAUAUGUUUCCAACGGCAACUUCAGAGCUCAUCUCUCUGAGGACAAUCCUGGAAAGGUUCUAAAUUGGUCAGAGAGAUUGGCAGUGCUAAUUAGUGUUGCAAAGGCUAUUCACUUUUUGCAUACCGGAGUUAUUCCUGGUUUCUUUAACAAUCGAUUGAAGGCAAAUAAUAUCCUGCUUAAUGAGUAUGGGAUAGCAAAAUUGAGUGACUAUGGGCUUUCCAUCAUCUCUGAAGCAACUGGAAAUUCUGGGGAAAUUGGAGAAGGCCCUAAAUCAUGGCAAAUGGCAAGAUUAGAGGAUGAUGUUUGUAGCUUUGGCUUCAUACUACUCGAAUCACUCGUUGGCCCUUCAGUAUCGGCCAAAAGAGACAUGCUGCUUCUUGAUGAAUUGGCAUCUUGUGACAGCCAAGAGGGACGUCAAAAAUUGUUAAGCCCAAUCGUGCUGGCCACAUGCUCACAAGAAUCUUUAUCAAUUGUGAUCACCAUAACAAACAAAUGCAUUUGUUCAGAAUCAUGGAGUCGUCCGUCAUUUGAGGACAUUCUUUGGAACUUGCAAGAUGGGUAUCAUGGGUUGAAAGCUGAUGUAUACUGCCCUCAUAUGCCUCAUGGCAAACAAUUAGCCGAUUAUCCAAGAGCUGUACUAUCUGUGGCUUUACAACAAUUGAGCUCUGCUAAAUUUAACAAUUAUGAGAUUCAUGGGGGCAUAUGUUCAGAUGGAGAUCGACUGUCCAUAGCACAGCUAUUGGAUAAUACUCUGCUUAUCUCCCCUAGGGUUUCAUUCUAUAGUUGGGGCGGGAAUGCUCUUUUCUAG